UUUUAGUUUAUUUUCAGACUUUGACUAAGCGGGUGAUUGUAGCGGCCGGUGGUGGUAGGAAAACGUGGGACUUGUUAUAUCUCGCAACAAAACAGUCGUGUUGCGAUGAAAAGAAAUGUAUUUCAAAUUUAAAUUAAAAAUAAUAACAAAUCAGAACCAGUUUGUUGUUUUUAAUUGAAAGAGAAUUUUCGGUUUCCUGUUUCCUCAUGUGCCUUUUUUUUCAAGAAAGCCGUGUUAACGUGAAAAUUGAUAAUUACGAACGAUAAUAUAUCAUAUGUUUAAAAUUCUAUAUCUAUCCAUAUCCAGUUUACAAAAGUUGAAUUACAAAACCAAAACAAAAACAAAAAGAACAUUAACAAAUCACUAUCAAUUAUUUAUAUUCCCGAAUUAUGCGAGUGAUAGUUUUAAUUAAAAAAAGCUUUGUCAAUAUAUUCAUUAAGAAAAUAUUAAUGAUUUUUCUUAUCUGGGCCAACAAGAAGUAUAAACAGGUAUAUUUUCGUUGUGUUUUACCGCCAAAAAAGCUUACCUUAUUUAAAUUCAUUAAAAGAAGCAUGUGUAAGAAAUCUGCUCUAAGGCAUCAAUUAUGAUGCAAUUAUAGAUUUCAGAAUUUUGGAAAUCGGCUUCAAAAACUAUAUAAAUGAAACAUAAACAACAAGGCUAUGCGACGCAACAGUGAGAAAAUGAUCCCUAAUCAGUUAUUUAAAAUUAAAAACUUAAUUGGAUUAAGUGAAAUAAAAAACUUCAAAGCUAAAAAAAUUAAAAAACGAAUAAAACAUCAUCAAUUUCUUGUUAGUUCGUCAUUAUUGUGUUUUAACUAUAAGCAUCAUCGGAAAUACCAAACUCAAUUCAAAUGUAAUUUUGUACGAAUAAGUGAAAUAAUAGAAUCGUCAUUUUCUAUUGUUAGUACAUCCGUAUCCGGUUGUAUACAAUUAGUACAAGAAACUAUGUCUGCUUUCCAACUGUCGAAUAUUGCAUCAAAUAACUGUUUUAAAAUGUCGCUGAUAAUUUUAUUCCUAUCAAUUUUAAUUACCAACCACUAUGCCAAUUGCCAAGCGAUCUACAAUAAUCGUAACGAAAACCGUGAUAGUACAUAUAUAUUUUUUAGUUAUUUUAAUACGAAUGAUAAUUUAAGAGUAAAUAGUUUAAAUAAUAAUAAAAGUCUGAUCGAAUAUAGUGAAAGUACAAUUGUUAACAGUAACAGUAGUAAUAACAAAAAUAAAAACAAUGAUGAUGGUACGAAAAAUAUCAAAAACAUCAACAAUGCCUACACAUUAUGGCGGAGUAAAAAUAAUAAUCAACAACCGGAACCGGAAAUAUCAUAUCGAAAAUACAAAAAAUAUCAAAAUGUUUCACAUAGCAAAAUUACUAGCUCGGAUCUUGAUAAUGAGCAGUUAAUAGAAAUCGUUAAGCACGGUUUGGGAUUAAAGACAUUGCCGGAUUUUAAUAAGGCCAAUAUCAGCCAGCUUGAAUACUCUUCAAAGUAUAAUGAAUACCUUGAUCGCAUUCGUAAACAAGCUAUUUCGAAUUCUGAUAUUAUAAUCGAUGAUUUUGAAAUCAAUACCAAUUCAUCACUAUCUCUACUGUCAAUUUGCCAUAACUCUUCUGAUACGAAAAUCUACCGGGAACGAAGAUCUCCAAUGACAGGCAAAAAUAAGAACAGAAAUGCACCCACAAAAUCGAUAUUACUCAGAUUUCCAUUAGAACUAAGUGGUGAUAUCAAGGCAUCUGACAUCGAAGAGGCUAACAUAAGACUUCUUUUAAUAACCAGCCCAGCAUUGGCAGCUUCUGGACAGUAUAAACGACGUCAUAGCAACAACCGACAAAAUCGAGUUGGCACAAACAAGAAAAGCUUUACUUAUUUUAAUCACACUCAGAAAUCAUCCAUAAUAAUAAAUAAAGAGAAACAUAAAUCAUCGAAAAAUCAUUCAAAUAACCAGUCUAGUCAUUUUAUAAACAUGAAAGUCUACCAACUAUUGGAACCCAAGGGAAAAAUCUGGAUUGAUGGACAGAAAAUAGAAAUAAAAUUCGAUCGUAAUAAAAUUGAUGAAUCGAUUAGCCAAUGGCUUCAAUUUGAUGUAACAAAAGCCGUCGAAGAAUGGGUGGUUCAUAAAAAGCAAAAUCUGGGCCUGGAAAUUCAAUGCGAUAAUUGCCUUCGUAACGGAGCACGAAUUAUAGAUGACCUAUCAGGGGAUAGCGAAGAAGAAGAAGAUUCUAGCUUACCCAACAAAUACGACCUCGCUCCCGUUCUAAAUAUUAUUGGACGACUUGGAACACAUCGUGAGAAACGUUCAAAGCAUUAUCAUAACCAAAUGACAGAGAAACCGAAGAAAUCCAAUCUAAAAAACAAUUGUUAUAAAGAUAAUCAAAGAUGCUGUCGGCAUUCCAUGGAAGUUGUUUUCAAAGAAAUCAAGGGAUUUGAGUUUAUUAUUCAACCCAAGGUAUUCGAUGCCGGUUAUUGUCGGGGGCGUUGCCCACCUCGAUACAAUCCAGCUCACCAUCAUGCCUUAUUACAAAGCCUUAUUUGGAAACAGGAUAGAAAGAAAGUGCCUCGCCCAUGUUGUGCUCCCUCAAAACUUGUUGAACUCGAAGUAUUACACGUGGAUGAAAAAGACAAUGAGAAAUUAAAGAUCUCAACGUGGACUGAUAUGCGAGUAUUAGAAUGCGCUUGCUCCUAGUCAGCUUUAUGAAGCUUUGAGUGAUUUAAAUUAAAACAAAAAUAAUCUAAGAUAUUGUAAGAAAGCUCUUGAAAUGUAUUUAUUUAUUAUUCUCCGUCCUAAAGCUGUUAGAAAUAAAGUUGUUUUUAUAUUGAUUUUUAUAAACAAAAUCAGUAGUGACCAAACCUAAAAACAUCAUUCCACCCAACCCAGAAAAGCUGCAAAAUUUCUUUAGAUAUAAAAAUGUUUUUUUUUUUAUUUCUUUUUUGUUCAGGCGAGUUAAAACAUUGCGUUUUAAUCAGGUACGGGUAAGUUACAGCCAGCUGAUGUAUAAUAAUGCCUUUAGGCAUUUUUGGGUCGGUUCCCAUAAGGGAACUGAGAGUUGAAAACUUCGAAGUAACGCACGCAACGGAUU